GAACAAUUGGCUGUACAGUUGUCUUAAUUGGCAUUCACUCAUCACUGUGAAUGUGUCUCUGUUACUUCACCACCUCUAGGAAUGUUUUUAAGAACCUUGCAACCGAGGAGUUUUUUCUCAAAUGCUUUGAAAAUAAUAUCCUCUUGUUUUAUUGCAACUCUGCAAGUGUUGUCGUAGGAAGAAAUCAAAAUAUAUUCAAGGAAGUGAACGUAGAAUUCUGUGGUUCCAAUGGUUUGUGCAUAGCGAGAAGAAGGAGUGGAGGUGGUUGUGUUUAUCACGAUUUAGGAAAUUUAAACGUUUCACUAAUCACGACUCGUCGAAAGUUUAGCAAAACGCGACUAUUGGAAUGUAUCCAAAGUGCCUUGCAAAAGGAUUUUCAUAUUCCUGUGCAUAUAUCUGAAAGGAAUGAUUUGCGACUAUUUGAUAGGAAAGUUGCUGGUUCCGCGUAUCGCAUUACAGCCGAACGUGCAUAUCAUCACACAACUUUGUUGGUCCAAGCAGAUUUAUGGAGACUGGAAGAAGCUUUGCAUUGCUCUGAAAAAUUCACGGUAGAAACCAAAGCAACAGAAUCCAUCCGUUCAAAAGUAUGCAAUUUGACAGAAUACAAACGUUCCUUACAUAUUAUGGAUAUUUGUAGAGCAAUUAGCAAGGAAUGGUAUUCCCAAAGCCUAAAAGUCGUUCCUGAGCAGGGUUUUAUGCUAUUUGACAAUGAUGAUAUCGGUCGGUUAUCAAGUCAAAUAGAAAAGGAAUACAAACAAUUGAACAGCGUACAAUGGAUUUGGGGAGAAGGACCAGCAUAUAGUCUUCGUUGUCAUCUCCUUUUUCGUUGGGGUUUUAUUGACAUGUCUUUAAGAGUUGAAAAGGGAAAUCGUAUUAUAGGAGUAGAUAUGCAUAGCGCUUCGGGUAUUCCUUUCCAUCUUCGUGAAAGUAUGACACAGGCUAUGAUUGGAUUGAAUUGUUUGGGCAAUGUGUUACGUGACCGAAUAAUAGAGUUGACCAAAAAUGAAGGAAAGAACUAUGGUGAACAGUUCCAAGAGAUUGCGACUUGGUUUUUGAGCAAUCUGCCAACUCUCGGUAAUAUUGAACGAGCAGGAAAUAUAAAUAUACAAAAUGAAUAUCGACGAUAAACAGUUUUGGAUAUGUGAUAGGUUUGUUUCUGCUUUUGAAAGGUAUGAAUGUCUUGACCGACUGGAAAAGUUCGUUUUC